AUGGGACAUUCCAACCCGAUGAUUGAUUGGAUCCAUGGUGAGAGGAAGAGAGACAAAGGUGCAACCCAAAAGAAAAACAACCUCCCGAAGAAGAAGAUACGAUUGCGUUCUACGGCUUUUAUCAACACAAGGCCAAGACCAUCUUCACCUGGCAUUCAAGCAUUGUUUGGAAUGACGGAGGAGAACAACAGUGAAGCCAAAUGGGGGAAUUCGAACAAUUGCAUGCUCCUUCCAUUGAGUAUCGGCAGCAAGCUGGAUUUCAUGCAAGAUCAUCACACAUACAACAUUAUGCUUCUCAAACUUGGCUGGACCUGUAGAAGAAACCGGGUUUUAUGGCCAUGCCAUGGAAUUCCUUGCAACCAGUUCCUAUGGCCAACCACAUUCCUCUCGGUUGAUGAAAAUACCAUCCCAGAUCCUCACAACCAGCUAGAUGAUCUUCAAGGCUCACUAAAACUCAUCAAACAAGCAGUUUAUGCAAAUGGACUUGUUAAGGAUGUUGAGGUUGAAGUGGAGGGUGUGCCACAAGCUGUAUUCAUGUAA